AUGCGAUUCUUAAACCCGGACAAUUGCGGUGUCUACUCUUCCGAGGGCAAGAUCACAUACUGGGGACGUCAGCUGGGCGAGGACGGAUACGAUUUCGUGGAAUGGGCUGCUGAGCAGACAUGGAGCUCUGGCAAGGUUGCCAUGUCUGGCAACUCAUGGCUAGCGGUGUCGCAAUGGUUCAGUGACGCCGAGAACCCGCCUCAUCUGACGGCGAUAGCUCCAUGGGAGGGUCUCACGGAUCUGUACCGCGACACUGCCGUCAGAGGUGGCAUCCCAGCACCCGGUUUCCAGGAGUCGAUUCUUACCACUUUCGCCGGCAAGGAGUUUGUUGAGGACGUUCCGCGGAUGGUUCUCUCCGAAGGACUUAUCACCCCGUAUUGGUCGGACAAAAUUGCAUCGCUGGACAAGAUCAGCAUCCCGGCAUACAUCGUGGCUAGCUACACCAACGUUCUUCAUACCCAUGGUUCUUUCGAAGCAUUCCGACAUAUUUCCUCCGAGGAGAAGUGGCUUAGGGUACACAACACACAAGAAUGGACCGACUAUUACACCCCGGAAUAUGUGGCCGACCUCCAGAAGUUCUUUGACCAUUACCUCAAAGGCGAAGACAAUGGGUGGCAGUCCACUCCACGCGUCCGCCUUGCUGUUCUGGACCCUGGGUCUGAGGACACUAUCGAUCGUGUCGUCGCAGACUGGCCAGUCCCGGGUCUCGAAUCGAAGACUCUCUACCUGCAACCCAACAACUUACUUGGCGAGUACUCUCCAUCUAACGAGGGUACCCUCAGCUACAACAGCACCACGGCAUCCGGCAUUACCCUCAACCUUCAGGUCCCCGAGACCAUGGAGUUGACUGGUUACCCAAGGCUCCGUCUCUGGGUGUCCUCCCCCGAUGCUACUGACAUGGAGAUCUCCGUCUCCGUACAGAAGCUCUCUUCCAAUGGCUCCGCGUUUCCUAGCACCGGCAGUGAAAGCUCCUGCACGAUCGGUCCGACCGGAAUCCUGCGUGUCUCGCAGCGUCAGCUAGACACUGAGCGAUCCACGGAAUACGAGCCCUUUUUGCUACACACUUUGGAGAAGAUUCUAUCACCAGGAGAUAUCGCCCCUGUGGACAUCCCUCUUUGGCCCUUCGCUCUCAGGAUUCAUGCUGGGGAGCUGCUCAGCUUGAACAUUGCCCCAGCCUCCAUCACCACCGCACAGGCUGAUGUUGGCUUUGGCACGGCAAUCGUGCCUGUGCCUGCUACAGGAGGCACCCUUGAGCCGGGACAGAAUGUUUCGUUGAUUGAGCUGGGAGGUGGUGUGGAUUCCAAUUCAGCCUUUGUGAAUGAGCAGAGGGUUGAGACGCCCGUGGGCCGCAACAAGGGCAUGCACUUCAUCCAUGUCGGCGGAAAGUACGACAGCUUGCUGUUAUUCCCAGUCAAUAGCACCACUAAAGCGACUGAAAACUGUUGCAAAAUUUUGAACACUGGCCAGAUCCCCGGCAGUGGAGGAUGGGGUUGCGUCACGAACCUCAACGGUGGCUGCAAGUCGUACUACUGGAAGACUGAUCUCCCUUACUAUAGCUGCGCCUAG